UUUAGUUUAUCCUUAACCUUCAAAUAAGAAAACCGUAAGAAAUUCGAGUGGCAAUGGAAUUUCAAGAUAAAGUUGUGUUAAUAACCGGUGCCAGCUCCGGCAUCGGCGCAGCGACUGCAAUAUACUUCUCAAAGCAAUCCGCAAAACUGGCCUUGGUUGGUCGAAAGGAAAAUAAUUUAAAAGCAAUCGGUGUAUAUUGUCUAAAAGCAAAAGGUAUUCGGCCGCUAACUAUAACUGCUGAUCUCACAGUGGAGGCCGAUGUUGAAAGAAUCGUCAAGGAAACUAUCGAUCACUUUGGCAGACUUGAUGUGUUGAUAAACAAUGCUGGCAUCGUUCUUAUGGGUGGAUUAAAAAACUCGAAGAUGGAAAUUUAUGAUAAAGUAAUGGCGACCAAUAUGAGAUCCGUUUACCACUUGACAAUGGUCGCAACCCCACACUUGAUAGAAAGUAAAGGUUGCGUAGUGAACGUUUCUAGUGUAUCCAGCAGUAUGCCCAGCGCAAUGUCUACAGCCUACAACAUAUCAAAAGCGGCUCUCGAUCAUUUUACUAAGUGCGCGGCGCUGGAAUUAGCACCCGACGGCGUCAGAGUUAAUUCUGUUAACCCAGGCUUCGUGAAAACAAACCUAUACAAAAAUGUAGGCUUAAACGAGGAUCAAUUAAACCUCGUGGCGCAGAAUAUGGUGGGCAAAAAUCCUAUGAAGAAAGCAAUAGAAGGAGAAGAAGUAAGCGUGUUAAUUGCAUUUUUAGCCAGCGACAAAGCGAAAAGUAUUACCGGAUGUAAUUAUACUAUUGAUGCAGGCAGAUUAUUAAAUUCAUAAUUUCUGAGAAAAUUGAUAUUUCCAAUCCAUAUUUAAUAUAUUUAUUCGUAAUUUUAAUCGUAAAUAAGGUGUAAUUGCAUUGUCGGUAUUAAUGUUUCGAAAAAUUU